UUUUGCAUCAGUAUUCAUAAACAUUUGAAAGCAUAAGAUUGAUACAUUUCGCAUUGACAUAUAUCAAACAUCUCUCUGAUUGUGUUUGCUAUUCUAGAGCACGAUGUGUUGUCGAAUAUUAUGUUGUUGCUUCUGCCGCAAGAAGAAAAAGCCAAGAGAUGUGAAAAAGGGUAAAAAAGGAAAGAAAGAUGGAGGACUUGUUGUUGUGAAGCCGACUAAGCCUAAGAAACGUCGCAAUGAACCAGUAGAUGUAAGUGGAUGCGCAGACCUAUGCUGCUGCUUUGGCGGAGGUGGAGAUGGAGGAGGUGGAGACGGCGGCGGUGGAGAUGGUGGAGGUGGUGGUGGAUGUGGAGGCGGCGGUGGAGGUUGCGGAGGUGGAGGUGGAGGCGGUUAAUAGAUGAUAAUUCGGCAACUCUUUGUAAUGAUAAAUUCUUGUGUUUGUGGUUUAUUUAUUUUAUUAUAUGUAAUGUAAAAUUUAUUUUAACGUAAUGUAACAUAAUAUAUAAGGCAUCAUGUAUUUA